GGACCCAGGUUCUUUGCGGAAACUGCGUCUCUUCCCCCUCCCCCCCGUCCUAUUUCUGCGGUUUGGAUGCCGAUGAGAGUGGAGGAGCCGCUAGCGAGAAGCAGCACCACGCAGCCCGGCUGCAGCGGGCGCUGAGAGGGCGGGCGACUGCCUCAGUCAGCAGCCUUCGCUUCGCUCGGCUCCCACCCCCGACCAGUGGCUUUAACUCGCUCCCGUCCCCGCGGCUUGUCCCGCCGUCUCAAACUUUCAGCCUGUCCCCGCUGCCGGGCAGAGCCCGGCUCCACAUCCAUGGUGGAGGCGAUAGUGGAAUUUGACUACAAGGCUCAACAUGAUGAUGAGCUGACAAUCACAGUAGGUGACAUAAUCACCAAUAUCAAGAAAGAGACUGGAGGCUGGUGGGAAGGACAGCUCAAAGGCAGAAGAGGUUUGUUCCCUGACAACUUUGUAAGAGAAAUAAAGAAGGACAUGAAGAAAGAAAGUAUUGCCAACAAACCACCAGAGAAGCCUAUAGAUGAAGUUUCCAAUGGAAGCCCUUUACUGUUUUCUGAGACCAUUAGAACCACCAGAAAAGGGGAGAGAAAUAGGAGGAGAAGAUGUCAGGUGGCUUUCAGUUACAUGCCUCAGAAUGAAGAUGAGCUGGAGUUAAAAGUUGGUGACAUCAUUGAAGUGAUGGGAGAAGUGGAGGAGGGCUGGUGGGAAGGAAUUCUGCAUGGAAAGACUGGCAUGUUUCCUUCCAACUUCAUAAAGGAACUUUCUGUUGAUUCUGAUGAUGUGGAAAUUGCACGGGAGGAACAACUAAUAAAGCCAAGAAAGUCUGCCUUUCAUGGGACAGUUCUGUACAGAGUGGCACAAGCAAAGAUUGACAGCUACAGACGCUAUAACAGUUUAAGAGAUGCUACAGGCUCUGAGAGUGAUGGUGGUGACUCAAGCAGCACAAAAUCAGAAGGAGCCAAUGGAGCAGCAGCAAUCCAACCCAAAAAGGUCAAGGGGAUUGGUUUUGGAGAUAUCUUCAAAGACAAACCAAUAAAGCUACGACCAAGGUCAAUAGAAGUAGAAAAUGACUUUCCACCAGUAGAAAAGACUGUUGGGAAGAAAUUACCUCCAGCUACAGCAGCUCAAGAGCCAACGAAAAUAGAAAUGGACAGCAGAACCAAGAUCAAGGAGUAUUGCAAAGUAAUAUUUCCGUAUGAAGCACAGAAUGAAGAUGAACUAACAAUCAAAGAAGGUGAUAUCGUCAUACUUAUCAAUAAGGAUUGCAUUGAUGCAGGCUGGUGGGAAGGAGAACUCAAUGGCAGGCGUGGAGUGUUUCCAGAUAACUUUGUCAAGCUUCUUCCCUCUGAUUUUGAAAAAGAGGUAAGUAGACCUAAGAAACCACCACCUCCAUCAGCUCCUGUCAUCAAACAAGGGUCAGGUACCACAGACAGAAAACAUGAAAUCAAAAAGGUACCUCCUGAAAGGCCAGAAUGUCUUCCUAAUCGAACAGAGGAGAAAGAAAGACCAGAAAGAGAGCAAAAACUGGUAGAUUUGCACAAGCCUUCAGUCCCUGCUAUACCUCCGAAGAAACCUCGACCACCAAAAACGAACUCUCUGAAUAGACCUGGUACAUUGCCCCCAAGACGACCGGAAAGACCAGCUGUGCCUCUGACGCAUACAAGGAAUGAUAGUACAAAAGUAGAGUUAGUGGGCAGUACGGUAUCCGGAACCUUGGAGAAGGACUCCUCAGAAAGAAGCAGUGACGUUGAUCUGGAAGGUUUUGACUCUGUAGUACCAGUCGCUGAGAAGCUCAGUCAUCCAACUACAACCAGACCAAAAGCUACUGGCAGACGACCUCCAUCCCAGUCACUCACAUCUUCCUCCCUUUCAAGUCCUGAUUUCUUUGACUCACCAAGCCCUGAAGAGGAAAAGGAAGAACAUGUGUCCAUUAUACAUAAAGCAACUGAAGUGUCAAAGAAAACAAAGACUGUUACAAUAUCACAAGUGUCUGAUAAUAAAACUUCAUUGCCUCCAAAACCAGGGGGUUUGACUAGUGGGAGUAAUAUACAAGCAUCAUUAUCCUCCUCAUCCUCACCUGCACUUCAUUCUGUUACUGUGGGAACAACAGGCCAUAGGUCAAAUUCCCCAUCUUUGUUCAGUACUGAAGGAAAGCCAAAGACUGAGCUCUCAAGCCAGGGUCCGGCAGCCUUGGAGGAGCUGAGGACACAAGUUAAGGAGCUAAGAACUAUCGUUGAGACAAUGAAAGACCAGCAAAAAAAAGAGAUUAAACAAUUGUUAUCUGAAUUGGAUGAAGAAAAAAAGAUCCGUCUACGAUUACAGAUGGAAGUUAACGACAUAAAGAAAACUCUUCAAUCAAAAUGA